UGUGAACAUACACGUGUAGUCACGUUGCUCUUACUUAAUUCUGUUCUGGAUGUUCUUUAGUUAGAAGAUGAACAAAAGGCCAGUAGCAGGACCUUUCCCAAUGUUUGGUAAAGUGAACCAGCAAGGAAGAGGGAGGGGUGGAUCUAAUGCCAAAAGACCAAGAGUAGCUCUUUAUUCACAUCCUAACAACAUCAUUGGAGAAGAGGCAGCAAUACCUCCUUCCACUUGGAGUAGCAAUACUAGCAGCACUGGCUCUUGGAACUGGAGGGAAGCAGCUGAAAAGAAAUGGCCUCCACAAGCCUAUAGAGCGGGGACUAGGGGAAGGGGAAGGGGAGGAUACAGUAACGUUAUCGACAGGAAAAGAACAAAUCAAGAGAAUGUCCAGCCAGUUCAAGUUGCAGCUCAUUCUGCAGCAGCAGGGCCCACUAAUAGCUACUACUCUAGAAACACUACCAGCCAUUCUUACCCUCCUCUUCCUCCUCCCCAUUGUGUCUCAUAUCCUCCUCCUGGUGGAUCCCGCAGUACUUAUAAUGCUCCUUCACAAUACAAUCAACAACCAUUGAUUGAUAAUACACAACCAACUACCAGUCAACAACCAACGGUUAGAAAAGAAUUAGGACAAGAAAGAGAAGGACAGAGAUACAUUGAACAGCCAAAAAAGAUGCUUGAAAGCACUACUAGCAGUAAAGGAGUAAUGGCAGGAGGGAAAGGAAGGGCAUUGAAGAAAGGAGGAGGAAUAUCACGUGUUAUCACUACAACAGGUCAAGGAAUACAACAAUGGAACCUGUUGAAUGGAACACAAGAACACCUCACGUUUGAACUGUUUGGUACGGCCAUUAGUCUGGUGACUGCUGGUGAGUUUGGAUGUCAACAGUUUCUAUUGAAGACAAGCAGUGGAACUGUCAAGUGUUGCUACUGGGAGAUGGGUGUCAAAUUCUCUCCUAUUAUUAAAGGCCGGUCAUAUAGAGUUGUUGGUAACUGGGACAGCAGGCACCAGUUCUUAAAGACGGCUUCCCUAAGACCAUCAGAACAAGAAGAGGAGCAGUUCCUACCUCAGGUACUAACAGCUACCAAUAAACUAAUCAGAGAAUUAGCUGCCAUUACAAAUGAGCAGUAAGAACCUUAUGGUGAGGGAGAGUACUAUAAUCCAUACUUAUUGUUGUACAGUUGAUCUGUAAGUGCAUCUAUUGUAACUGAAACUGUAGCAGGUUUCUUUCAACCACAA